CUUCAUUCUGCAAGCUUUAUUUAACAUUAGGAUUAGGAAAGAUGUCCUCAGAAUCUGCAGCGCUUAUCGCAGCGCGCUUCGUAGCGAGUUGCGUUGGCUCGUCAGAGCAGCCAAGCGCCAGCACCUCUGGACAGGUCCAAAUAGCUUCAGGCAAAGAUGUGGUUUUAAGUGGGCUUGCGACGGUGUGCACGCAUCUCGCCAGACAGUGUGCUCGGCAAAAUGACCUGCUCGGCGCGUCACCAGAACUGCAAGCUCAAGUAGCGGAGUGGCUGGCAUGGGCAUCUUCUGAGCUAACACCGCUUAUGGAUGACAAGCUCGUGAAGCUUAAUGACCAUCUGUCAUCACGCACAUUCCUGGUGGGAGGCUCGGCGACCCUGGCGGACUUGGUGAUUUACGCCCUGGUGCACCCUGCCGCUGUGGGCUUCCCCGCGGCCCAAAAGCUCCACUUCUGCAGCCUGCUCCGCUGGGUGGACCUCAUCCAAAACACGGCCGCCUCUGCAGCCGCCCUGCAGCCGCGACUGGUGCUGGACAAGCCGCGCUACGUGGCGCCGCCACCGCCCGCACCGCCCGCGCCCAAGGCCGCGCCUGCAGCGGCGCCCGCAGCGGCACAGGGAGCGGCAGCAGCGGCUGAGCCGGCGAAGGGCGCGGCUCCUAAGGACAAGACCGCCAAGGCCGCGGCGGCGGCUCCUUCCCCCGCGCCCGCAGCAGCAGCGGACGGCCCAGCCCCCGCAGCACCGGCGGCAGCUAAAGCCGCGCCUGCGGCGGCGCCGCCAGCGGCGGACAAGAAGGCAGCUAAGAAGGAGGGCAAGAAGGAGGCUGCGGCUCCGGCUGCUGCGCCGCCCGCAGCUGGGGGCAAGGCGGGCGAGGAGGAGGCCACGAUUGACAUGCUGGACUGCCGAGUGGGGCGGAUUGUGAAGGUGGACAAGCACCCCAAUGCGGAUGCGCUCUACCUGGAGGAGAUCGAUGUGGGUGAGGAGAAGCCGCGGCAGGUGAUCUCGGGCCUGCGGAACUUCGUGCCGCUGGAGCAGAUGCAGGACCGUGUGGUUGUGGUGGUGUGCAACCUCAAGCCGGCCAAGAUGCGCGAAGUCAUGAGUUACGGCAUGGUGCUGUGUGCCUCCGAUGAGGCGCAUAGCAAGGUCGAGCCGGUGCUGGUGCCUGAGGGGGUGCCCGUGGGGGAGCGGAUCACAGUGGAGGGCUUUGGUGCCGCCCCCCUGGAGGAGAUUAACCCCAAGAAGAAGAUCCUGGAGCGCCUCUUCCCUGACAUGAAGACCAACGAGGCCGGGACGCCGGUAUUCAAGGGCAAGCCCUUCAUGACCAGCAAGGGGCCGCUCAGCUCGUCCGUGCCAAACGGCUGGGUGAAGUAAGCGCUGAAUACAGCGCUGCGGUUCUGGGCGUGCGGGCUGGAUGCAACGCCGGAGUGGAGAAUGUUUGAGAUCAGCGAACGAUAGAAGUCUGGAGGGGGUUCCGUGCUGCUGCGUUUGUUUCAAAGGCGGACAGUAGUGUGGUUGAAAGGGUGUCGGGGGCAUCUGGAUUUAGUCGUGGGGCUAGUAUCUUAUUUUCCGAAAUUGAAAGAUACCGGAAGGUGCUAGUACGCGUGACAGCAAUGCAGUAUUGCGAUAUAUGCUAAGUUCCGUGGGCCAUUAUGUGUCACAUCCCUAGCUACCUCGUCGUACCGAGGCAGAAUCUGGCAGGAUUGCAGAAGUAUGCAUAGCAACAACAUACAUAAUCAUCGUAGAAGACAGAAGCGCGUUCAGGCUUUGAAAGACCUAAUCUUGCGAGCUCUGUGUCUUCAUGACGGGAAGAUGGAGACGUGCUGCCGUCCCAUUGGCGGCCGCGCUAUCAGCGGCAGGGACAUGGAACUUCAUGGGCGAGAAUGGUAGCUUCCAUAAUGGAUCUGGCGCAAGCGGGCUGAUGGAGUCGCUGUCUACUCUAGCUGCUUGGCAGCUGAGCACAACCAAACCCGAAAACUCCAAGAUCACCACUCUUGGAUUGCCCAGCUUCGAGCACAUGCUUACGGGCUGGCCAUCGCUGGUGACCGUUGCGCAAGCUGAUGCCCCAGCACCCACGCCUUCCUUGGAAACGGCGUAUCGAGCAUGCCUCCUGCAGCCUUUGUAUUCAUACAUGCCCGAUGUGGCACCUUACACGCGGCAACCCCUGACUGGGGAAUCCUUGGCAGCGCUGGAGGCAGCGGCGCUUGCGGGCUUUGACUCAUCGCAGCCCCUGCAGGUGGUGACGGUGGUUUGGGCGCUCGCCUGGGCGGGCCACCAAUCGGGGCCCGAGUUCGUGAAGCGGCUGCAGGCCGCCGUCGCUUCCGGCUCCCUACCCGGCGCCCCCAAGCAACGCCUCAGCGCCGCACACCAUGCCGUACUCCUCUGGUCCGCCGUCAUGCUGGGUGCUGUCACCCCCGACGUCUGGGACGCCGCCCUCCGCAGCCUCUCGGCCGCCUCCUCACCCUCCGCCCUCGACGAUUGCGCGCUGCUUUACCUCCUGCACGCUGCGUUGCUGCAUGCAACGGACGUUGCGCCAGCGGGCCGUCGUACGGCCGCGAGCACCGCCGGCCGGCCGCCGCCGGCUUCGCCGACGUCGGCGGCAACGCCGGCUUGCCAGCCGCGUGCUACGCGUGAGGAGGUGUUGUCGGUGGCAGCGCCGCUAGGGCGGAAGGUCGUGGCCCGGCUGGGAGAGGCUUACAGCGAGUACGUGCCGCUGCAUCCCGCUGUUGAGGGGCCGUACCUGGCGCUGUUGUUUGUGAUGGAGCAGCUGGCGGCAGGGAGUGCGGGGCAGGGAGGAGGCAACGCGGGGGCGGAUGAGGGCGGGUGGGUGCCGCCGGGAGCUGCGGAGAUGGCGGCCAACAUGCUGGGCAACCCAAAGGAGCUGGCACGGCUGCGGAGGGACCUGCUGUACCACUGGCGCGGAGACACGCUGCUGGACGAGGUGCAGCGGGCGCGGAACCAGAUGGUCUACCUGCUUACACGGCGCAUGGGACACACCGUGGCCCAGCCCGAGGAUGUAGA